AUGGUUAAGAAAUUUGACAAGAAGAACGCUACUACCUAUAACAUUGUCCAUCGUGCCCAUGACGAUGCUCGGUUUUUUGAUGACGAUGCCACAAAUGUUUUAGUGCCUACAGCACAGUCUCAAAAACACAAAUCAAGCUCCACUUCAGACAAAAAAGUAUUCUCCAAAAAUGAACUUGAGGCAAAGUUGAGGGAUCAAGUUAGAGAAAAUGAGGGUUUGGCGGCACAGUACGGGAUUACAUUUGAUGAUUCGAAAUAUGAUUACAUGCAGCAUUUGAAGCCCAUAGGUAAUUCAGAUGGAGUUUUCAUUCUGGCAAAAGAACAAGAGCAACAAAGGCGACAACAGAAGCUAGACCUAGAAGCGCUUUUGAAAGAUCAGCUACCUUCUACUGAGAAGCGUAAAGUGACAAAAGAUUUGAAUCAAAGUAUACCGGAUGAAUUGAAGGGAUUUAAUCCAAAUAUGGAUCCAAGAUUGAGAGAAGUGCUCGAAGCAUUAGAAGAUGAAGCAUACAUAGAGGAAGUUAAAUACAAAGGUGGUGCCCCAGGGUUAAAUGAAGAGGAGGAUGAAGAGUAUGACGAUGAUAUAUUUGCAGACUUGUUGAAAUCGGGACAAGCGGAAGGGGAUGAUUAUGAGUACUAUGAUGAGGACGAAAAUUACGAAGACGAUUACGACGAAUGGGACUUGGAUAAUUACGAAGACGAAUACAACGCAAAGUACGAUGAACAUCCAGAAGAAAUUUUAGGUCAGGAGGGAGUGAAUGAAGAUUGGCAGCGAGAUUUCAUGAAGUUCAAAAAGGAGAGCAAAAAUAAAGAGAAUACCUGGGAUUCUGAGGACGAGUUUGAAGAAGAGAGCGAGGAGGAAGGUGAACUUGACAAUGUGGGCGAAUUGCCUGAUGUGAAGUCUAAGCCUUCUAAAUCCAACACAAAAUUGAGGAAAAAGAAAGGUGCAAAGACAGACACAUCAUCAUUUUCAAUGUCCUCUUCUGCAUUAUUCAGAUCUGAAGGUCUUUCACUACUCGAUGACAGAUAUGAACAAAUGAACCAAAGGUACAACCGUGGUGAUGCCAAAGAACAGGAAUAUAAACCGUUUGAUAUGGAAAGUGAGAGAACCGAUUUUGCAGGAAUGGUAGAUGAUUUCUUGGAUAAUUAUGAGUUGGAAAGUGGUGGAAGAAAGUUGACUAAAAAGGAUUUGGAAAAAGCGAAGUUGCAACAGGCGGCUAGCUCUGUAUCAAGGGGUAAGGCUGGCAGAAAUUUGAAUUCGUCAUUUGCAGAAAUGAAGAUAAAUUAG